GAAAACGGAACCCGGGAAACCCAGAAACAUGUUUAAUUUGUAGAACCUACACAGGCAUUUAAUCAGCUGUUGAUAGUACACUUUUCCUGGUGUUACGGUACGUGGGGUGUGGAAUUUGUGAUGGUUUUCCUGGAUCUUUGAAGUGUUGACCAUCACAAUAUCCAUGUAAAAUGUCUUCUUCUCAUACGUUUCCACCAAAUUUCCUCAUUGGUUGUGCAUCAGCCUCCUAUCAGGUGGAAGGAGGAUGGAAUGCCGAUGACAAAGGGGAGAAUAUCUGGGACCACUUGACUCACACUCAGCCAGACAAGAUCAAGAACAGAGACAACGGAGAUGUGGCCUGUGACUCUUACAACAAAUACAGAGAAGAUGUGCAACUGAUCAAGGACAUUGGGUUCAAUCACUACAGAUUCUCAAUCAGCUGGAGUCGAGUGCUGCCCACUGGUUAUGACAACGUUGUGAGCAAAGCUGGUCUUGGCUAUUACCACAGACUGAUAGAUCAAUUGAAGGCCAAUGGAAUUGAGCCUGUGGCAACACUUUACCAUUGGGAUCUUCCACAGCCUCUACAGGAACUUGGAGGAUGGGUCAAUCCUCUUAUGGCUGAUUACUUCCAGAAAUAUGCUAGAGUUAUGUUUAAGGAAUUUGGUGACAAGGUAAAGUGGUGGAUUACUAUCAAUGAACCACUAGAAGUAAUUGGUGGAUAUGGAGAGGGGAAGUACGCACCCAUGUUGUACCAACAUGGAGUGGCGGAUUACUUGGCAGUUCAUACACUCCUCAAAGCCCAUGCUAAAGCAUACAGGCUGUACGAUACAACGUUCAGAGCUUCCCAGAAAGGUCGAAUUGGUAUUACAUUAAAUGCUGCAUUCAAGAGAGCUUUAAACAAUACAACUGAAGAUAAAGUUGCUGCUGUGAGAUCUAUGGAAUUUGAGUGUGGAAUCUUUGCUCACCCCAUUUUCUCAAGAGAAGGAGACUACCCCAAAAUUGUAAGAGAAAGAGUGGACUAUAACAGCAAGAGGGAGGGGCGGUCCUGUUCACGCCUGCCGACGUUCACUCAGGAGGAAAUCGAGGAAAUAAAAGGAAGUUCAGAUUUUUUUGGUUUGAACCACUACACAAGCAGAUAUGCAACUUCAGGACUAGUAGGACCGGAUCCUUCAUUGGACAGGGACUCCGGAUCUGUUCUAAGUUGUGAUCCUGCCUGGAAGACAGCAAAAUCAUUGUGGUUAAAGGUGGUCCCUUGGGGAUUUAGAGCCCUACUGAACAGAAUACGGACAGAAUACAACAACCCUCCAGUGUUUGUCACUGAGAACGGCUACAGCUCAGAUGGUGCUCUCGAUGAUGUUGACAGAAUACAGUAUUUUCACGAUUACUUGGAAGAAAUGCUAAAAGCCAUUCAUGAAGACGGAUGCAAUGUAAUUGGCUAUACAGUUUGGAGUAUCUUGGACAACUUUGAGUGGAUGGCUGGAUAUUCGGAAAGAUUUGGUAUCCACAAUGUAGAUUUCAGUGACUCAAAACGGCCAAGAGAGAAGAGAAAGUCUGUGGAAUACUUCAAGAAACUAAUGCAGACAAGAGAAUUGCCCGACGUAUGAUUGUAAAUAUUAGUAUUGUAACAUUCAGAGCUCACAUGGCUAGCAGAUCUUCACAGUAUUAUUUACUUCAGUGUUAUAAACACUGAGUUAUAUGCUUGAGCAUUUAUUUUGAGCUUAGCAUAAAUGAGUUGCUCAAAAUAGUUACAGCUUUAGAUUAGAUAUAAAUACAUAUUUUUAAUAUUACUGACAAUAAAUAUACUUCCAUUUAUUAAUAUUGUAUCAAUAGAGUAGUAACAGUGAUAAAUAUUACUUAAAAUGGAUUAAAUAAAGAAAUUUAAAAUAUGUUUUUUA